CCAAGGGCAAAGGACCGUGAAUUUUGAGAAAGAGCAAUAGGUUUACCAGGCCAUCGUUGACCAUUUCUUUGCAGAGACAGUUCAAAUAGUUAUUUUAUGGUUAUCUCUUGAUAAUUUAAAAAAAUAACGUUUACACAAUUUUACGUAUUACUGUAUUACAAUGUGAUACAGAUGUAUGUAUUUACCAGUAAUAACUACAUUUUGUUAGAAACCAAGGAGUUGUAACGUUACUCCGAUUACCAUUAUAUUUACAGUAAUAGUAUGGUUAUUUGAAAAUGUAUAUAUAAAUAUGUGGCCAAUUUUAAGGAUUGUAUGCAGAGUGCACUAUUUGAAACAGCAGAAAUUCACCCACUUUUUUACAUUUAAUAGUCCUUAUAAAACAAUCACAAAUGCAAUACCUUUGAAGUCGAAAGUUUCUAUUAAAAUCUAUCGAUAUAUAAAGUAUCAGCGGUAUGACUUUCACACAACUCCUCGUCGUGAUAUUCCCCCGUUACUUGCUCUUCUUCUGCGACCCUUAGUUCGUAUCGGUGCUGUUAUAUUUGGCCGUUUUCUGAGAAAAUGGUGGAAGCGAAAGUCCAAUGAUGAACAAUUUCAGUAUAUUCAGAAAUACGCGGGAAAGAAAAAUGUCUUUUUUGGUACGUUGGGUUUCUUUGUAAUCUCAAUUUUCCUUUAUUACAUCACCCAUAUUGAGAAAGAUCCGAUAACAAAUCGAUCAAGAUUUAUUAUGUUUAACAAACAACAACGAAUUCAAUUGUCUGAACUUAUAUUUGAAGUGCAUUUGGAGCAACAUAAAAAAUUAAUAAUAUCAGCAAAACAUCCAGUGUACAUAAAGCUACAAAAAAUUACAGAAAUAUUAAUUUCCGCUAAUAAGGAUCUGCCAGUAGUUUCAGAGAAAAAAUGGAGUCUCUCUGUAAUUGAUUCCCCCUUAAAAAAUGCAUAUGUUUUACCAGGAGGGAACAUAUUUGUAUUUUUAGGGAUGAUGCAGAUGGUGGAAAACGAUGACCAAUUGGCUGUAAUUUUAGCCCAUGAAAUGGCACAUGCACUACUCCAUCAUUCGUUUGAACAGAUGUCGACUGGAAUUCUAAUAGAUCUUUUAGUGAUGAUACCAAUAAUGGCAUUAUGGGCAAUGUUUCCAGACGUGUUAGCAACUAUUUUCCAUGCCAUAACUCAGCACGUUGUUGAUAUUGUACAUAAUCUGCCGUAUAGUAGAGCAUUAGAAAGCGAGGCAGACGAGAUUGGUCUUAAAUUAGCUGCCAAGGCAUGCGUGGAUGUAAGGGAAGCGGUUGUAUUUUGGGGAAUGAUGAGAACUCUAACGGAAAUGAACGUAGAGCCUAAUCAGGUGCCUUGGUUGUCGACACAUCCCGAUCAUGCGGACAGAGAGCAAAAUUUGAAUGCUCAGAUGGCAAAUGCUUUAAAAUUGAGGGACCCUUAUCAGUGUGGAUUGCUUAGCCCAGUUGACCCAAGAAAAACGUUUUAUGAACGUACUACAAGAGAUCAUUUGGAACGAUUUAAGCAACGAGGAAUUAUUACAUAAUAUCGCGUGAUGAAGUAGCGGAGGACCCUGUGUCGAUACGCUAAAUAAAUCCUUCGUUUUCA